AUGAGAGUUCAACAAGACCCUGAUUUUGCAGAAUUCUUGCUCCGUGUUGGGGAUGGAAAUGAGUCAUUUGUAGAAGAUGAUAUGAUUAGAAUCCCGGAUUCAUUGAUUAUUCCUUGGCAUGGCGAUGAAUCAAUUGGUGAUCUUAUUGGUUUUGUAUUUCCAAGAUUAGAGGAGAAUGCCUUCAACAUUUCUUAUAUGGUUGAUAGGGCUAUCAUCACCCCAAGGAAUGCGGACGUUGACAAGUUAAAUGAAGUGGUGUUAAACUCAUUUCCUGGGGAACAACACAUUUAUUACUCUUUUGAUAGAGUUGACGAUGACCCUCAAAACUUAUAUCAACAAGGGUUUUUGAAUUCUAUAACUCCAGGUGGCUUACCUGCUCAUAAGUUGACAUUGAAGUUGAGUGCACCAAUCAUACUACUCAGAAAUAUUGAUCCAAAAAAUGGGUUAUGCAAUGGAACAAGGUUGAUAUGUCAGUGA